UCCAACGCCGUCUUGACUAAGCCAAAAAGCUGCUGUUUUUCCAGUUUUAGAGAGAGAAAUCGCCGGCUUGCUUCUCUCUAUCUUUUUUUAAUUUAUUUUUAAUUUCCGAAUAUCGAAUUUUGGCCCAUCGAUGGUGCUCGAAGUGGGGUCGUAAAAUUGAUUCAGUAUUAGUAGCAAUUUCUGUGUAUUUUUUGUAAAUUAUUUUAAUUUACUGAAUUGUGAGCUUCAAUCGCAGAUUACUUUACCUGCAAAAAGGAAUAUCGAAUAUUAUUCACCUUUUUCCCCUUUGUUUUUUUGUCUGUGUGAGUAUUAUAUACAUAUAUACGCACUACGAUCAUGUCGAACAGUCAAUAAUUGCGCAGAUUAUUGUAGCGUUUUUAGACCAAGUCCUCGUUUUUACUGCCAAGAAUUUUCUUAAUCAUCACAUAUCUCCCCCAAUUUCAGGUCCAAUUGAAGAAAUUGGAUUGGAAUUUUAGGCGUUUCACUUUUCUAUUGCUUUGGAUUGCGGAAAGCUCAGUUCUUUAAGCUCUAGGUUAGAUAAUUGAAUUGAAUUCAAUUGGUCUCGAUAUUGAAUUUCAUUUCAGUGGAUGUACCAAAAUUGGGGGAAAAAUUGAUGGGGUUUCUGUUGUGGGGUGAUUCUCUGAGCUUGUGAAGAGGGUUUUGUUGAUUUGAUUUUGAAAUUGGGGGAAAAUGGGCUGUGUUUGUGGGAAGCCGUCUUCGGCGGUUGAGGAUAGUGAGGUGAGCCCGAAGCAGAGGGAGCUGAGUAGGAAGGCGUCUGAGCUUCGUAUGGCGAUGGGGGUUUCGUCGAGGAGGAAUCAGAGUUUCUCGAUGAAGGAGAAUUUGGAGAGUGGUGAUGUGAAGAUGAUUGAUAAGAAGGUUAGUGGGUCUAGGAAGGUGAGGGAUGAUUAUUAUGAGAAGCAGAGGAAGGGGAGCUGUGAGGAACUAGGUGGGAAUUUCCCCAACAUGGGGAGCCUCCCGAGCGCGGUGGAGGGCGAGCAGGUCGCGGCUGGGUGGCCGUCUUGGCUGGUCGCGGUGGCUGGGGAGGCAAUCCGCGGAUGGGUUCCGCGGAAAGCUGAUACCUUUGAAAAGCUUGAUAAGAUUGGUCAAGGGACUUACAGUAGCGUGUAUAAGGGCAGAGAUCUCCUGACUAACAAAUACGUGGCUCUGAAGAAAGUGCGUUUUGAUAAUAUGGAUCCAGAAAGCGUGAAAUUCAUGGCAAGGGAGAUUCUCAUCUUGCGAAGGCUUGAUCACCCGAACAUUAUCAAGCUGGAAGGCUUGGUCACUUCAAAAACGUCUUCGAGUUUAUACCUCGUCUUUGAGUAUAUGGAGCAUGAUCUCACCGGACUUGCAUCACUACCCGGCGUCAAGUUCUCAGAGCCACAGGUGAAGUGUUACAUGAAACAGCUAUUGAGUGGGCUGGAUUACUGUCAUAGGAAGGGUGUCCUGCAUCGUGAUAUAAAGGGUUCAAAUCUCUUGAUUAACAAUUACGGGAUCUUAAAGAUCGCCGAUUUUGGCUUGGCGAGUUAUUUUGACAACAAAAUCCCCCUCACAAGCCGCGUCGUGACUUUAUGGUAUCGGCCACCUGAACUCUUGCUCGGAGCGACUCAGUAUGGAGUUGCUGUCGAUUUAUGGAGUACCGGCUGCAUACUCGGAGAAUUGUACGCAGGCAAGCCCAUCAUGCCUGGUAGAACCGAGGUUGAGCAGCUGCAUAAAAUAUUCAAGCUUUGUGGUUCGCCUUCUGAAGAUUAUUGGAAAAAAUCGAAGUUACCUCAUUCCCCGGUCUUUAAGCCGAUUCAGCCUUACAGACGACGAAUCGCUGAUACCUUUAAGGAUCGUCAUGAUGCUGCUGUAAAGCUGAUGGAGAUCUUACUCUCAGUCGAUCCUUCUGAUCGAGGGACUGCAGCUAGUGCUCUCGAGAGUGAGUUCUUCAAAACAUCUCCCAUUCCGUGUGAUCCUUCGAGUUUGCCCAAAUAUCCUCCAAGCAAAGAGAUCGAUGCAAAACAGAGAGAAGAGGAAGCGAGAAGGAAAGGAGCUGCUGGAGCUAAGGGACAUAAGGGUGACAAUGAUUCUAAAAAACCAAGAGAAUUCCAAAGUGUGGUAGGGCUCGAUCCCAAUGCUGAGUUGUCUAGAUUAAUGCCGAGGCAUGGCCACGUGGACUCAAAGAGCCGUAGCGAAUUUUUCAACACUCAAAAGCAAGACGCUGCUCCUGGCUUUGCAGUGGAUCAAUCGGGACGAGCACAGGAUCCAUCCGAAAGGAGCAAAGAUCACCUGCCGAAUCCUAGGGAGAGAGUGAUUUCUAAUUCCGGCCCUCUUGCUCCACCUGUGAGCUGGACGUCGUCCGGGAAGAAAAGCAACGAUAUUUCCAUCGUUUCCACCAGAAACGGGUUGUCACCCGCAGAAUGCCGAAACAGUUUAGGUCCCCAACGCGUCGAGGCUGCAAAUCAAGCAGGCAGGUUCUCACAGUCGUUCGGGGAAGCCGUGAGAAAUCACGACAGGAGACGGCAAUCUCAAAUUCCUCCGGGUUCUCACCAGGCCGACUACGGACGAAUCAACGCAAAAGAAACCGUCUUGGACGGGCACAGUAAGGAGAGAAAGAUCCAUUUCUCGGGUCCUCUGCUCGCGCCAUCGAACAACAUAGAGCAGGUGCUCAAAGAGCACGAUCGCCGGAUCCAAGAAGCUGCUCGGCGUUUGAGGCACGAGAAGACGAGGGCCGGUAGAGUUCGGCCUCACGAGACGCAAACGUCGUCUAAACAGACGCACGUCUCGAAUCAAAGCGCCGGCUAGGCCGGCCGGUCGGAAUCUAUACGUAUAUAUAUUCAUACAUAUAGUAAGUGCUUCUUUCAUCUAUGUAAAUCUUGUACAGAUUGUGAAGAUUGUUUUUUUUAAUAAUCUUUUUUUUGCUAUAUUUUUAGAAUGAUCCAAUCUCUAAAUCAAGAGCAGGAACUGAUUCAUGUGUUUGAUGCCAUUUUUUAGAUUCUGUUUGAAGUAGGAAGAGAGACCAAACAAGUUCUACUUAUUCUUGAUGGGAUUGGAUUGUUCAAUUAGAGAUCAUAUUUUGUUGCAAUUAAGAACUUAGUUCAAUUUUGAUUCUAGUGUUUUUUGUAAUUUCAAAAUUAAUUUUACUAAUUGUUUCA